CGAAGCGAGGCAGAGGGGAGAGGAGAGACAAGUAGGAGGCGAUAAUACUAACGAGGGAGGACAAAAGGCUUUGCAUCCAUUACGUUCGAUCAAGAGGGAACUGGGGUGAUCCAGACGCCGCGGCGAUUACUGUGGAUCGAUUCCUUUCCUGUUCUUGGCUUCGAUCGGCUGCGUUAGACAGGAGGAGGCGGAAUAUGGUGGGGAGGAGCAGCAACGGGGGAGGGGGGCUGUGGCGCCUCGCCGACGAGAUGAACCCGCCGGAGGUCGGGUGCAGGGCCAUGGAGGCGGAGUGCGUCCGCAGAUUCCACCGCCAUGAGCCCAAGGAAAACCAGUGCAGCUCCUCCGUCGUCAAGCACAUCAAAGCCCCCGUCCACCUCGUUUGGUCUUUGGUGAGGCGAUUCGAUCAGCCAGAGAGGUACAAGCCGUUUGUGAGCAGAUGCAUCUUGCAGGGGGAUUUUGCAGUAGGGUGCUUGAGGGAAGUGAACAUCAAGUCCGGCCUGCCCGCCACUACCAGCACCGAAAGGCUCGAACAGCUCGAUGACAACGAGCACAUCUUGAGCAUCAAGAUUGUCGGAGGGGACCACAGGCUUCAGAACUACUCAUCGGUUGUGACUGCCCAUCCUGAGGUUAUUGAUGGCAGACCGGGGACAUUGGUGAUAGAAUCGUUUGUGGUCGACGUGCCGGAAGGGAACACCAAAGAUGACACCUGUUUCUUCGUGGAGGCCCUUAUCAAGUGCAACCUCAAAUCAUUAGCCGUAAUAUCGGAGCGAUUGGCAGUUCAAGAAUUGACAGAGCCCAUUAACAUCUAAUGCACGGACUAGCCAGGGGUAGAACACGCAGAGCUUCAGACCAUCCAAGUUUUUGACAUAGUCCACUAGUCUCUUUUGCCUUUUUGUUUUCUCUGACUGCAACCAUGCCAUACCCCAUUCAGAAUGAAAAUGAAUGUUUUUGGCAUCCGAUGCCUGCGCCAUGGUUCUCAGGUGAUAUAGUUCGAUUUCCUGAGAUCAGUGAAGCUAUGGGAAAAUAUCUGGUUGUAUUGUUUGCUGGUGACAGCAACGUUGGAGCAGCAGCUACAUCAAAGUCAAAUGAAGGUGGGUCGUAAAGAUUGACGACAGUUGUCUCGUACCUAUAAACUUUGGUGUACUUUGGAGUUCCUGUAAAUGCAUCAAUUGUCUUCUUGUUUUCAAGAUAGAAUGACAAAAACAGGUAGAAAGUGUGUUCUAUAAACAGCUCGGAGAUGUCAUAAAUUUUGUCGUGGAAUUAAUUUUAAUUGCUAUGAUUACUUGUA